UUGUUUUUCUGUGAAAGUUAAAUAAAAAUUAUAAGAAUAAGUACCUACUUGAUUGUAUUUGAGUGUUGUGAAGUGUAUUCUACGGAUAGCGAUUUUCAUUUACAUAUUUAUAUCAUUUGACGUGCCAAGUUACGAACUUUAGUAGAUAUUGAUUCACAAUAAUUCUGUUUAUUGAACUAAGUUCAGAAGAAGAAUGAUAUAGUUUCUUGUACGAUAUAUCGGGCAAGAGUAAAUCAUUAUGUCCAGUAUGUCUGACCGUAAGGCGGAGCUAGAGAGAAAGAAGGCAAAGCUGCAAGCUCUCCGUGAAGAAAAAGACCGUCGCCGUAGGGAAAAGGAACAAAAAGAUGCUGAAGAGGCAACUCAACGUGCAUCUACAGCUCCAGGCCAUGAUGUUCGUAAGGAAUUGGAUGAGAUUCUGUCGUCACUUGGUGUGGCCCCGGUGAAGGAUGUGCUCUCCUCGCUAUCUUCCAUGACCUCCCUAACCCCACCACAGACUGCUUCCCCGGAUGCCAGCCUGCCCCACACAGACAAAUCAAGUCUACCACCACAUGGGGCUGCAAAAAAACCUAAUGUACUGCAAGUUGUGUCGGUACAAUCAACAGACAUUCCACCAAAAGAAAAUGUGACCUACACGAAGCAGACACAGACCACCACAUCCAGUGUCGGGGAGCUGCGAGAUGGCUGCUCUUCCAAUUCAUCACCGCUUGCAGGAUACAUGGACGACUGGUGGCGGACACGGAAAGCUCACGCAACUGAUUACUACGACGAGUACAAUCUAAACCCGGUAUUAGAGUGGGAGGACGAGUUCACAGUGCUUACAUUCGACGGGGAUGGCGCGCGGCAAGGUGACGACGAAGACGCUGCGUUCCACGGCAAACUUCCGCCGGGAAUCCUGCCGCACGGCCUGCCCACGGUCAAGGAGGUGCAGCCAGCCGUUACUGCUGUCCCACAGGAGAAGAAGGAGGAGGAGAAAGAGAAAAAGAUUCGCGAGCUCAGCAACGAUGAGAAGCAGACGAUUAUGCUGUCCGCCGAGUUCCAGAAGUUCAUCAGCCGAGCGGGGCGCGUCAUCGAGCGCGCGCUGGCAGAGUCCGUUGACAUCUACACGGACUACACCGGCGGUGGUGACAGCGAGAGUGCUCAAGACGACAAGUCGGACGCUCGCCUGUCACUGGUCCGAACGUUCUACGACGAACGCUGGUCGCGCGGUCGCUGCGUCACGUGCUUGGACUGGUCGCCGCUUCACCCCGAGCUGCUGCUGGCGGCCUACCACAACAGCGAUGACGCGCCGCACGAACCAGACGGGGUCUGUCUGGUGUGGAACACCAAGUUCAAGAAGACCACGCCGGAGGACAUCUUCCACUGUCAGUCUCCGGUGAUGAGCGCCACAUUCGCCAGAUUCCAUCAAAACCUGAUUCUGGGCGGAACAUACUCUGGUCAGAUAGUCCUGUGGGACAAUCGUGUACAGAAGCGUACGCCCAUUCAACGUUCUCCUCUCUCAUCCCUGGCGCACACUCACCCGGUGUACUGCCUGUCAGUCGUCGGAAGUCAAAACGCGCAUAACCUGAUCUCCGUGUCGACGGACGGGCGCAUGUGCUCGUGGUCGCUGGACAUGCUCUCCCAGCCACAGGAAACCCUCGAGCUACAGCACCGGCAGAGCAAGGCGGUCGCGGUAACCUGCCUAGACUUCCCGCAUGCCGACGUCAACAACUUCGUCCUAGGCGCCGAGGACGGCAACGUGUACACAGGGUGUCGUCACGGACAGCGCGCGGGCGUGGCCGAGUGCGUGGAGGCUCACGCCGGGCCCGUGACUUCAGUGUCGUGCCACGCUGCGGCCGGCACAAUCGACAUGUCCCACCUCUACCUUACGUCCUCUGUCGACUGGAGCGUCAAGCUGUGGAGCCUCAAGGAAAACAAGCCGCUGUACUCUUUCGAAGACAGCAGCGACUAUGUGUCAGACGCGCGCUGGUCUCCCGUGCAUCCCGCGCUGUUCGCGACCGUGGACGCGGGUGGCAAGUUGGUGCUGUGGAACCUGAACCGGGACACCGAGGUGCCGAUAGCUUCGAUCUCGUCGGAGGAAGGCGCCGCGUUCAAUCGCGUGUCGUGGUCGGCAGGAGGCUCCCUCGUGGCCGCCGGGGACGACGCCGGCAAGAUAUCUCUGUACGAGCUGGCCGAGCAAGUGUACCAGCCGCGCCAUGAUGAGUGGACAAAACUGGUGUAUACCCUGCAGGACUUGAGGAACAACCAGACGGACGAACAAGCCGAGCGGCUCAGUGUCACCAGCGGCCCGCCCAGCCUAUCCUCGCUCUCCGGCAAUCCGCUCAGAUAACUAGGAAUGCAUUGGGACAUUCGCUGCGGUUGGAAAUUAUGAGCUGGUUGACAACAUGAAGGACUGAUUCUAUUGAAUGGAUAUUGAGCUGACAUCAAGCUAUUAUUUUAAGCUCUCGCAGUCUUAGUAUUUUUACUGAUUUGGUGCGAAUAUUUUAAGUUUCUUAUUCGUUUAUUAUUUAGUUAAAUUAUAAUAAUAAGUUGAGAUGCAUAAAUAAAGUGGAUUUGAUAAAACUGCAGUAAUUUAUAUAUAUGUCCAUGACAUAUGCUCAGAAAUUACCUCAACACAGAAUGUUAGAGAAAAUAAUAUUUUAAAAUUAGGUUGGUUUUUUUUUUACAUUAUUAGCUCCUACUUGUAUUGUCAUGGAUACCAUAAAGCAGCAAAAAUCUGCAUUUAGUGUGACAAUAUUGUGUAGCCUAUAUUAUGUUGUACUGACCUCUUAAUAUUCAUGCAAAAUUUGUAUUAAAUCUAUUCAGUAGUUAUUGCGUUUUGCCAGGAGAUACAGAUGAAAUCGAUAAAGUACUUUUUGGCUUCGGUAUUGUUUGUAGAUGAUACAGCAAAUAUUGUUUAAAAAUAUUCAAUGUACAGAUGUUAUUUUGUUACGAUUUUAAUUUGUAUAAUUUGGUGAUGUCAUGGUAAGAUAGAUAUAUAGGGAGAAUACUUGUAUCAAAAAAAUUUAUACUUUAAGAUGUAACUGCAAAAUUGUUUAUUCUCUUAUUAUCAAAUGUAAUGUAAGAAGUUCCAAAAAUCUCUGGUUAUAUGCCUGUACUUUACUCUUUGUUUCCAGUUUAUUAGUGGUAGCUCAAGUAUUAAUGUUAGAGUAACACUUUGCAUUUACUAAUAAUAUGAGAUAUGAUAAUACUUAAAUAUGUCUAAUAUAAUGGCCAUAACAUAUGCUGUUAUUUUUAUUACUCCCAAAUUUAGAGAUGGGAUUUGGAGCUAGUUUAUAGUCUCCAUAUUAUAUGUAAGGAGAUUCCAAAAACUAGAUAUCCAUCUGUUUAGAAGUUAUAUACCAUCAGUAUAUUAUGCCAAGGUACCACUAAAACUUGUUUGCAGCAAUUAAUUUAAGGGCAGCAGUAAAGGUGCUAUUCUAUAUAUUUCAAGAAAGUUGUAUCACAAAUCAAGGUUGUUGAUUAUUACAAAAUAGAUCUUGAAACAGUUUUGUUAUUGUUAAAAAAAAUCUCACAUUUAGGCAUUACAGACAUAACAUUGAAAUACAUUGGCAAUAUUUGUAAAUGCAUACUUAGCAGUUUUAAUUCUGUGUAUUUAUUGAUUAGUAUUAUGUAUAUUUAUUAAUGAAAAAGACAAAAUAAAAUUUUAAAACUAUGUAACAGUACUUAUCAAUGCUUGUAACUAUAUAAUAUAAACUGCUUACAAUAUAA